AUGCCUCCGUCAGCAGAGGGCCAGACAUGGACCAAGUCACCGACGAGAUGUCGGUCCUACAGAGUCCUCAACUUCAAAACAGACACGAUGAUUGCUUCCUCUUCUGGUAUUUCCUGUGGGGACAGUCCACGCACCUUGACCCCGCCGGACGCCGCUCCCGCCCAGCUCCCCCCGUCCUCCCUUUCACCAGAGACGACCACCCCCGGCCCGGUCAUUCCCCCUGCCGUCCUCAAGUGCGACUUCGAAGAUGCUGAGAAGCCUCUGUGCGACUUCAAGCAGGAUUCGGGCGAAUACGAUGGCCUCUGGAAUCGGGUUGAUGCCUCGUCGCCUCCCUCGCCCUUGCACCCGGGCGUGGACCACACCUUACACACAGGCGCUGGGCAUUAUAUCGCUGCUGGCAUGCAAGAGGGCAGCCCGUACAAUCAGACAACUGCUAGAUUAAAGACGCCGAGAAUGGACAACACCUUGGAGUAUUGCCUCACCUUCUUCCUCCACCACAUAGGCGACCGCCCCCCUCCGUUAAUUGUGAAUGUUGAGGCUUGGGACGGGCCGCAGCAAGUGGAACUGCUUCGGCGAGAGUCUUCCCUGCACGACACUUGGGUGUUCGUCGAGAGGGAUAUCCCCGCGGGUUUUAUCGAAGCCAACUUCCUGAUUAGCAUCGAAGCCAGGCUGAGCACCUACCAAGACGGAGAUGCCUCGCUAGAUGACUUGAAGGUGUCGCAAGGGCGGUGCCCCAACCACGACGGCAUGUCCUGCUCCUUCAAGCAAGGGUUGUGCGGCUACGAGCAGGAACAGGAGCUGGACGACCUAGACUGGCUCUGGCACGACGGCAAAGGGGACGACGACGCUUUCCUGCCUGUCGAAACCCACUGGCACUUCUACUACGCGUACCUCAACACCUCCGCGCCGCAGGGAUCCUCUGGGGUUAUGUACACCACGGAGAUUCGCCUCUCGUCGCCGCACUGCAUGGUCUUCAACGCCCACAUCCACGCGGAGAAAGGGAAGUCGGCUGUCCUCGAAGUCUUGAACGUCGGGGAGGGCACCAUCGCCGACGGACAACUCCUAGACCGAUUCGAAGACUUAGGGCCAGACUGGGCCACUCUUCAGGUCAUGUUGCCCCCGUCCGAACGCCCCAUGCGCCUAGCCUUCCAAGGUAUCAUUCCCAUUAACGAGAACUUCGAGCAUUCUACCUUGGCCAUUGACGAUAUCUUCAUCCGGGCUGGAGGCUGUGACCCCCCGGGCUACUGCACCUUCGACGGCUACCUGUGCACCUGGUUCAACAACGAGCACAUGGGGUCGCUAGUAUGGGAGUCGUCCGGGCCGGGGGAUCUCUCGCUCGAAACAAGGCCGUUUGUGGACUCGACGCAAAGGGACCACUCGGGAGGUUUCAUGUUCAUUGAAGCAGACGAAGCUUUGUCAGGGGAAAAGGCCUGGCUCAUGAGUGACAGGUUGGCAGCCUCGGGUCCCCAUGAGCGUUGCCUCAUUUUCUGGUACCACAUGUACGGCGCCAAAGGUACCAGUCUUUCAGCGCACACUUACUGGGAGGAAUUUGGGCAGGUGACAACAUUGUGGGGAUUGAGGCCGACAGAAGCACGUUGGGAUUCGGGAUGGCAGUAUGCGGCAGCACCUUUCAGUAACUACGUUCCGAUCCAACUCGUCUUCGAGGCCGUGCUAGGCUCCGGUUUCAUGGGCGACGUGGCCAUCGACGACGUCCUCGUGGCCUCCGGCGGCUGCGCCCUUCAGCCGGCUGAGGCCAAGUCUGGGGUCAACUACACGACCCCUGUCCUCCCGACCCUGGAACCCCCGGCCACCAGCUCUCCCGAUAUGAUGUACGAUUGCUCUUUCGACGAGAACGACCUGUGCGCCUGGACGAGCGACGCCAGCGAGGGCACAGGAAACCAGAUAUUGUGGCAGGUUGCCACUGAUCAGUAUUCAGGUGGCUACGCCUUCUUAGACGUUGCCGGCGAGGACCUUGGCCGCGGCGCCCGGGGCACGUUGGUCUCCCCGCCCAUCUCGGGCACGGCAGGGUCUUGCCUCUCCUUCUCGUACAUCCUGGACGGCUUGCACGAACUCAACAUCCUGAUUAUGAAAGAGACGGAUCUCGAGGAAGUGUGGCAUGUUAUCGGCCCCAUUGGCACGGUAUGGAAGGACGCGCACAUAACUGUCUCGUCUGACGCUGUCUAUCAGAUCAUAUUCGAGGGCGUCAGAGGGUCCUGA